AUGGACACCACCUGGGCUCCGCUGGUGCCUACAUCCAAGGCGACCGGCUCCGGCUCGCUCGGAUUGACCAACGUGCUGAGCAAGGACAGACUCAGUAUCUCUGCGUCUCGCGGCAGCGGCACAGACAGUAGCGCCGCGCCCAACACCCACGUCAACGAUGUUUCGCUCGACCCCUUCUCCAUCGGUGCACUUCCGUCGACGGUGAUCCAACGCAUUCUCAGCUUCGUACCCGUUUCGGACCUCCGAAGUUGCGCACUGGCAGCUCGUCCGCUCGCCCGCUUUGUCGCCGACGAGAGGCUCUGGGCGCAGAAGCUUGCGUACUUGCAGUACAGGCAGAUUCCUGGACGUCACAUCCGCUACCAACCGGACCUCUCCACAAUAGCCUCCUCGUCCCGCAAAUCCAAAGAUGCGUCAAUACCACCGGAGCGAAAGCACAGCACUUCCAGCCACUCGAACGGCAACAACGAAGACGACGACGACUUUGGCGACUUUGAAGCAGCCACAAUCACGAGCCCUGAAGAUGAAAGCUUCGGCGGCUUCGUCUCUUCCAAGCCGGCGCAGUCCGGCCAGAGCUUCUCCUCCGCACCAGUCUUUUCGUACCGCGCCGAGUCCAAACUACCCUUGCCCAGUGCAGAGACCGACUCGGCCUAUCAAACCUUCAAGCGCGUCGCCCUCACACUCAAGCCGUUCGUUCAGAGCCUCCUCUUCGAGUCGUCCCCGACUGUGUCUCUCAUCUUUACCGACCCGAGCUUAUCUUCGCUGCCCUCGCAGGCAUGCACGGUCUGCAAUGUGGCACGCUUCACCGGCCCGCUCGUGCUCGGAUCCUUCGCAAAGCCUGCUGAUCAGCAAGUCUCAUCCAAUGACUCGCAAAGCCUUGCAGCCGACACGCGCGAUCAGGACCAAUGGAGGCUGCGCAUGUCCAUCAGAGAAGCCGCCGACUACCUAGAAGGCGUCCUGCUCUCAGCCUUUGAAGGCGCAGAUGCUCGUCGCGCAGACGCCCUGCGCGCCGGUCAGAGGGGGAUCGACGUGUCUAAAGCCAUCGAGCGCGCAGAGAGCGACAUGCACGAACACGCAGACCUCGUUUGGAACCUCGCGAUCCACACUUCAGGCUCAUCUCCGCUUCCCUCGGGCAUCAUUUCCGCUGCAGGCGACGCCGACACCGCCAACUUCAUCGAUCUCCUCGAUCACCCAGGAUCCGCCGCAGCUCUCAGCUUCCUGGAGAAGCGCGAUGCCGUCUUUAGGCCCACCGACCAUCGACCGGAAGCCAACUUUGUCACCGCGUCCAACCAGACCCGCCCAGCUUUGGACUUUACCGCCAUGGACGCUUUCAUGACCGAGCUGUUACAGACCUUGCAGACCGAAGGCUCGCUCGUCGCGCGCGUCUUCCCGCCAGAGCAGCAGGUCCUGCUUACCUUCGCCAGCCGCAUCGCCAACGAGGUCCUCGGCGAGUACAUCAACGCCGUCCUCGCCAAGGCACGGUCCAUCGACAUUCAUCUCUACCUCCAAGCAGCUGCAGCCACCUUCUCGCAGGCUCUCAAGAUCGUCGAUGCGCUCGAAAAGAUCGAGCCUCGUCAUUCCGAUACGGUCACGCCGGCACGAUGCCGCGCCAUCGUCCUGUCCAUGUUCGAGGCGCACCUCGACGAGUAUCUCCAGGAAGAGCGCGACUGGGUGCGCACCGUCAUGAUGGACCUGUGUUCCGAAGGAGGCGAGACAUCGUCGUCCGUAGCUGCAUCACGCACACGGAUCUCGUCAUCGCGCAUCAAAGCUGCCAAGACCAUGGAUGCGGCCUUCUUGGCCAGCAACAAUCCGGCGCAGGUCAAGCGCAACGUGCUCAGCGGGUUCAAGGACGUGCUCCUGAUGCCCGUCACCGUGGUGCCCCGCGCAGCCGGCGCCGUCGGUGGCGCGGUGAUCCGCACCGCAGGUACUGGCCUCAGUCAGCUCAACCCGCUCAAGUGGCAGCAGGGCGCUUCGAGCGGCGCACGCGUGGCAAGUGCUUCCGGCUCUGCUCUCGCUACGCCACAACGCGCAUCGACGCCGGCCAAUGCUUCCAACUCAAGCGAGACGACUGCCAACAACGGAUACGUAGACUUUAGCAAGGAGGUGCUUGGCGGCCCCGACGGCCACAUCAUCGGCGACGACGAGGACAGCGAUCAGGAAGAUGCGCUAGCAUCCUCGACCAACGAAAAGCCGCGAAACAUGGCAAGCUUCCCCGGUGAUAGCUUGCAGGACGAAUGGAACGAAAAGGCACCCGACGUCAACGGCCAUUCCUGGGGUACAGCAAGCGGAGACUCGCAGCCCGAGCCUCGUGUUGCGACCCCAACGACGAAUACAGAACCGUCGGUCUCGGAACCGGAUCCCAAAGUGGAAGCAGCUUCCUCUACAGACAACAAACCGCACCGGCCUGGCAGGCUGCAGCUGCUGCUGUCGCUCGACACGGCGCUCGCGCUGAUCCAGGUGAACCGUGAGUCGCUCAAGAGGAUGGAAGCGUUUAUGGUGUAUCCCGAUUCGACGUCCAAUGGGCGGCGCGUCAAGGAAGAGAUGGAGGAGGUCUGUCUGUCCUUGUUCCAGGUGCUGGGAGAAGAACACAUUGCGCACGGGUUCAAUAAGGCGACGGACCAGAUCAAGCAGUGGAAUCCCUUGUCGGACGGAGAUGGCACGUCGAACGGCGCUGGGUCGGAAGCGGAAAAGGAGCCGCCUGCAGCCGAGGUGCUGCCGCUGGUGCAGUUCUUCGAGCUGACGCACAUUGCCGAUACGAUCUCGCAGCUGUGCUCGGUGUACUUUUCGCAGACGCUGGUGCCGGUGAUCCAACUGGAUGUGGACGACUUUCUCAACUCGGUGGUUCGCGCCAAAAAGGCGUUUGAAGGCAGCCUGGACGAGUUUGUGGCGGGCGGAUUAUCCGUGUCGGUGGAUCUGCUGAUGAAGCGGGCCGAAUGGAUCCUCUUCUCACAGCGCGAUCCGCUCGACUAUGCAGGCCAGGACAUGACGAGGAUGACGGAGCUGGAUAGCUCGACACGCGCCACACGCUCGACGAUCGAGCUGCUGCGCUUCCACUGCUCGCUGUUGGUGGGUGCGACGGAUCGGGAGAUCCUGGACCUCUUCUACACCGAGGUGGCGUUGCGGCUGUUUGGCAUCCUGACCAAGCACCUCAAGUCGCUUCAGAUCAGCCAGACUGGCGGCUUCCAGCUGAUCUCGGAUCUGAACCACAUUGCAGCGUUCAUCGCCUCGCUCAAGUCCAAGGAGCCCGACAUCCCCAGAUUCUACAACUCGCUCAAGACGCUGGCCAACUACUACAUUGUGGACGGCAAGGAGCUCAUCUCGCUGCUCAAGAACAAGGAUGCGGCGGCCACGUCGGCUCGGGCGUCGGCGCGCGAGGACGGCUUUGCGUUUGGGCAGGAGGAGCUCUACGAGUUUCUCAAGAGCCGCACCGACUUUCGACAGAUCGAGAAGCAGAUCGACCACGAGAUCUUUGGCUUCAAGAGCGUUGGUCGUAAGCAGGAUGCAGCAGCCAAGCCAAGUCAACUUACUCUAGAAGCGGUAAGCGGUGGCGCCUUGGCGGAAGCGAUGGAUGCGGCGGCGUUGGUGCCUGUUUCAGCCUGUCUCGCUGUCUCGCGUCGCAAUCGCGUCCAUGCAUCCACUUCCAACCACCCACCUCGCGCCAUCGAAUCUCGCAAGGCUUCUCAUCGAGCGCUCCUCAUGAUCAUGAGGUCGCCCGAUCUCGAGGGCAGCAGCACCCUAGCUGCUGCCCCGUCCACUUCUCCAACACCGACACCCAGCUCGCCUUCGCUCACCAGGACACCACGCUGGGGCAGCAUCCGCCAGCGCUUCAGUAGCAUCCAGUCUCGCGAUUCCAUCUCUGCCAACGCCGACAGCGUCGACGACGGCAUGUGGGACAAGAACGAUACCGCCUUCCUCGAAGAGGUCGCUCGCGCGUCUCCGCUUUUGCUCGCUUCGCCCGAUCGCUCCGACUCGCUCGCACCCGUCCUCGAGCACGACCAAGCCCGCCUAACCAUACAUCCGUCCUCUCGCACAUUCGAAGAUGCCUCUCACUCCUCGUACUAUCGCAGAUCCAUGCAACCGCAGCCGUCGUCCGCCUCCAGCUCCACGCCUUCCUCGGCAGCAUCUGCAACCUCGGCCACAUCCACGCCCGUGGUCUCCACCGAAGAUGUCUCUGGUGCAAGUCCUGUACACGGCUACUCCAAACCGUGGCCUCGUACCAUGCGCAGGAUGGCCUCCGCCACCGUCCUGCCCGAUCUGCCGGAACAGAAGCGCGCAGACGACCUCGUCUCCUUCCGACGCCCCUCCACAGCCUCGUCCUCGCCUCAGCUUCUGCCUCCCAUCGGUCCUUCCACUCCGCUCAUGUCGGACAACUUUGCCACUGCGCACGGAUUCCAAUCCCCCAACGGAAGGAGCACCACGCAUUCAAGCCUCCGUUCCAGUCCCAGUCUCUCGCACAGCAUCCACGCCGGCCCCGACAUGACCCGAUCGGCACUCGCAGAGCAGUAUCCACGCUCACCCUCGAUUCACAGCGCAUCUUCCUACACCGCAGCUGGAUUCUCCUUCAAGGAAAGCCCGAUCUAUCCCGAAGGCCGCGCCCGCGCCUCUUCGUCCACAUCCGACUUCAGCGACGCCCUCGCGCCUCCCAUUGUCGGCAUUGACCGUCGCACAAGUCGCAGCGUCGUGGGCAGCCCACUUGCGCAAGCAUCCCACUUCUUCGCAACCGCAUCGAGGAGCCCACACGCGUCGAUCCGCAGCCGCAGCAGCAUCUCUACUCGCCCAACGACCGCUCCAGAAGGAUCAAUGACCCGGCAGUCCUCAGGCUUCUCUCGCGCGACCGAGCCCUUCCCCGCCGGUCAAGAUUUUGGCAUGAGCGAUUCCGACGACCACGGUACGGCCUCGCCGCGGGGCAAACGCAUGGCAACCACCAGUAUGAGGGGCGUUCCUGGCAGUCCCACCAAGAAGAGCGCAAGCAUCGCCAGCCCGACCGCCGCACAUGCCACAUUCUCGUCUACACCUGUCGCCGCAGAGUCGCCGACCGUGACUGCUCCCGAUGUCCGCAAGCAUACCAAGAACAAGAGCAGCCUCGUCUCAGGCCUGCGUAGGCUGAUGGGCAAAAGGGAGCGCGAGGCCAGGGGUGCCGCUCAACCCCUCGAAAUCUCAUCGCCCCAACCCCCCGCCGAUGCGCGCUCUGCUGCCGACAAUGCGGCCUCCCGAGGUCCCAACGUUGCGCAGUCACGUUUGUCGGACGCUUCCGCCACGCUUCGAUCACGAGCUCUGAGUAUGGACGGAGCUCCAAGUCCCGGGGGUCUCAACCUGCUCGGAUUAGCUGACGAUGCGUUCGGCCCUGACAACGCAUUGCCGCGCCUGCGCACGCACGUCGAGGACAGCCCGUCUCGAUCCGACGGCCAAGACGACAACAUGCGCGCUUCGCCAAGUUUGGCUCGUCGUUCGCCCAGCCUCGACCUUCUGCGGAGCUUCGGGGGCCUCAGCAAGGUUGCAUCGCCUGUUUACAGUGCAGCAGGGCAGGAUGGAUCGACAGCUGACCCAGCCUCGCCACGCUCGCGUACGAAAAGCAUCGAUGGCCUCGCAAGACCGUUGCGCGACGUCCUCUCACACCGGCCACGGCGCGAAUCCACCACACGCGGCGCGAGUCGCACAAGCGUAAUCGAGCACAUCUCGCACGAAGAAGCCCGCCGGCUCACAGGAUCGGCAGGCCCGACCAUCCUUCGCACCAAAGAAGCCGUCGAGGAGCAUCGCUCAACAUACGCCUCCUUUCCUUCCGAGAUCGGUCUGCCGGACCGCGCUCUGUUCGAUAUGCAUCAGUCCGGCUCGCCUGCUCCGCGAUCACAGGUACUCGAAGAUACGACGUCGAUGGCGGAGCAGUCGACUUCACAGGCGGCAACUCACGCUCCUUCGCGACCACAGCGUCCGCAUGAUGAGGAUGCUCUGAUGGCGCCACCUCAGCACAAACCAAGUCAACCCUACAAUGGCGGAGGGGCUGCCAACAGCAAUAGGGGCGGCGUCUCCUCCUCGGGCUCCUCCUUUACUUCCACUAGCUCUGCUAUUACCGACUCGGCUGGAGCACAGCGUACACCGUUCUCGUUCCAGUCUCAGGCGUACAGGCCGCUGUCGCGCGACCUGCGAAGCGACUCCAAAGCCAUGCCCGGCUCGCCCGCCAGCUCAUCGUCGCUUGGCUUUCACUUGUCGAGCGACUUGGCCAGUCUUGGCGCGGGCGCGUUCGAUGCUGGAAGAGUCCUUCAUCGACCGAGCUCGUCGACCGGCUCGCAGUACGUCCUUGCCUCGGCUCGUGGCGGCCUGCCAGCUCCGACCGCUUCGUCCAUGAUGCCACCUCCAUCGUCCGACACAGGCAGACGUGGCCACACAAGUCGCCGCUCGCUUAACAGCCUUGUGGGCAGCAAGCCAUGGUCGAGCCUGCUGGGCUCGCCCAACAUCGGAGGCGGCCUAGCUCUCGGCUCGUCGUCGUCGCAGCGCAAGCGUGUGACGACCAUGUCCAUCUCACGACCCAUGUCGGUGUCCACCUCGGCCUUCUCGACCGAUGCGACCGAUCUGAGUCCCGAUCGCGCCGAUCUGACGCUGAGGCCGUCGGACUUUGAAGGCGCUCGCUCGCGGCUGCGCGUGGAUUCAACACUUUCCAACUUUUCGGAGCCGUCGCAGUGGGAAGCACCCUCGGGCCCACUUGGCGUUGCCCUGACUCCACAUGCAGCGACAGCUGAGUCGUCGGCUUGCUCGCACCACUCGCACCACUCGCAUCGCUCGCACCAGUCUUUCCAGUCGCACAGGCUGGAACCGACCUCGUCCGACUCGGCGCUCCGUCAGCCCACGCUUGGCCAAGCUCAAAGACCUACGACUGGCGAAGGCUUCUCUCUCGACCACCACUCGUCACCCUCGCUCGUUGCAGGUGUUAUCUCGGCGCAUUUGGACGAAGCGCCUUCGCUGAACCGCUCCUCGUCGCUCAAGGGGCUAAGCAAAAAUCGCGCUACCGACGCUUCGGUUUUCGUACCGACCUUGGCUGCGGCUGCGUCACUCUCGACGCGCUCCACGUCGCGGCCGCUUUCCUCGGGAUCUGUGCUGGCACAUCGAAAGCGCCCCGCGUUCGGCCUCGCCAUCGAGCCUGCCGCCCAUUCGGCCUUUGACAGCAUCCCCAGUCCGCUUCUGCGCACGCGUCGCGGCUCGUUGGCCUUGCCCGACGGAUCGAAUCCCGGACGACCCUUCUCGUCGUCGUCGGCAUCCGCAGGUCGUACGACGUCCGACAGCUCGUCGCGCACCAGCCUGAUCCAGUCGGCGCGCGCAUCGGCAGGGACGCUCUCUUCGCACCACACCUUUGCGUCGGACGACAAGCUCGAGGUCGAGACCGUGCGCGACGGCAGUCCGACCAAGCUGCCAUCAGACCAGCCCUCGUCUCUGCGCGACGAUUCGGUUGCGGACCUCGAGAUCGCCAUGUCGGCCGUACUUUUAAGUCCGCCCUCGUCUAGCCAUCGCCACUCGGUCUCAGUGCCGAUGGACGAGGGCGACUCGCCGCGGCAGCAUCAGGAAGAGAGCUGGAGCCGGGCUACGGGUGCAACCCAAGGCUCCCGGCAGCCCACGACGUCACGGGUGUUCAUGAUUCACUCGCCGAACGAAGAGGCCUCGGCAUCGGCGUCGUCGGGCCGGCUGAGCCAAGCUACCAAGGACAUCGCCUUCGGGUCGAUCGCCGGCAUGGUGAGCAAGGUGUUCGAGCACCCGUUCGACCUGGUCAAGGUGCGGCUCCAGACGCAGUCGGCGGAUAGGCCUCCGCGCUACGCAGGUGCCUUUGACUGCUUCAAGCAGACGUACCUGCAGGAGGGCAUUCGUGGACUGUACCGGGGCUUGAGCAUGCCGGUGCUGGGCGCGACGCUAGAGAACGCGUGUUUGUUCUUUACGUACAAUCAGAUCCAGUCGGCGAUCCGCUGGGCGAACGGCGAGGCGAGCAUGGCGUCUGCGGCGCAGGCGGAUGCAGAGGCGCCGCUGUCCAUGGCGCAGCUGGGCAUCGCCGCCGCGGGUGCCGGAUCGGUGACGAGUCUGGUGCUUACGCCGAUCGAGCUGAUCAAGUGCAAGAUGCAGGUGCAGAUGAUCACGCGCGAGCAGCAGGCUCCUCUGGCCAGCUCGAGCUCGCACGCGGCGGGUGCGGCUACGAAUGGCGCACAGAUGCAACAGCAACGGUCGCUGUACACGAGUGCGGUGCGCUCAUCUGCGGGCGGAUCGCCGGCGUCAGCACAGGCAUUCAAGACGCUCGAUGGACCACUGACGCUGCUGCGACGCACGGUUGCUACGGACGGCAUUCGCGGGCUGUGGCUCGGGCAGACGGGCACAUUGCUGCGCGAGACGGGCGGAGGCGUAGCGUGGUUCCUGGCGUUCGAGGGCUGUUCGCGCUACCUGAUCGCGCGCAAGCGCGCGCAGCAACGCCGCAACGACAUCAGCAAGAAGGACCUGAGCUCGCUCGAGCUCGUGGGUGCCGGUGCGCUGGCGGGGAUCAGCUACAAUGUGGUGCUCUUCCCCGCCGACUGUGUCAAGUCGACCAUGCAGACCGAGCAGGAGAUGCGUGCUGCAUCGCACGGCGCCGUGGCUGGGCAGAGGUGGAAGGGCACCGGCUUCUUUGACACGUUCAAGAAGAUCUACACCACGCGCGGUGUUCGCGGCCUGUACGCCGGGUGCGGUGUGACGUGUCUGCGCAGCGCACCGUCGAGCGCGAUCAUCUUUUUGAUGUACAACAAGCUGGAAAAGCUCAGCGACUCGUAUGGACUGUAG